GAAGACACGACUUCUCGGGAUCACGUGAUCAAGACCAUUUGGUUAGUUGUGCUAGAAAUAAUGGCGGACAAAGACGAAAGUGAGAAGACCAUUGCCGAGGACUUGGUUGUUACCAAGUAUAAGAUGGCUGGGGUCAUCGUAAACCAGGCCCUCAAACAAGUUCUGGAGAAAUGUGUUGCCGGUGCAUCAGUCAGAGAAACGUGUGAAUUCGGUGAUGAACUGUUGCUGGAGGAGACCAGCAAAGUCUUCAAGAAGGAGAAAGAGUUGAAGAAGGGUAUUGCCUUUCCCACGUGCAUAUCUGUAAACAAUUGCAUUUGUCACUUUUCGCCAAUUGCCAGUGAGCCUGAUCUCAUCCUCAAGGAGAACGACAUGGUUAAAGUGGAUCUUGGAGCACAUCUAGACGGUUUUAUUGCGGUAGUGGCACACACGAUUGUUAUCGGCUCAUCACCAGAUAAAAAAGUCACUGGGAGGAAGGCAGAUGUUGCUCUAGCUGCUCAUUUUGCCUCUCAAGCUGCUCUCAGGCUAUUGAAACCAGGAACUGAGACGUACUCUAUAACCAGUACAGUGGAAAAAAUUUGUGGUGCCUACAAAUGCAAGCCAAUCGAGGGAAUGCUGUCCCACCAAUUGAAACAAUUCAAAAUUGACGGUGAAAAGACUAUUAUUCAAAAUCCCAAUGACGCACAGAAGAAAGAGCACGAGAAGUACACUCUGGAGACUCAUGAGGUUUAUGCAAUGGAUGUACUUGUGAGCACUGGUGAGGGAACAGGACGUGAGCAGGACACUCGUGUCACAAUAUACAAAAAAACUGAUGAGACGUAUCAGUUGAAACUCAAGGCAUCACGUAUGUUUUACUCCGAAGUCACUCAUAAGCAUGGCCUAAUGCCUUUUAAUUUACGCACCUUCGAGGACGAGAAGAAAGCCAAAAUGGCGGUUGUUGAGUGUGUCAAUCACAGACUCAUUGAGCCAUUCCAAGUGCUUUAUGAAAAACCUAGCGAACAUGUGGCGCAGUUUAAAUUUACAGUAUUGCUGAUGCCUAAUGGACCACAUAAAAUCACUGGUUUACCCUUUGAAAUCGACUCAUUCCAGUCGGACUGCGUUGUAGAUGAUCAAGAGUUGAAGACUCUGCUCAACUCAUCAGCAAAUCCCAAGUCCGCUAAGAAGAAGAAAAAGAAGGCUGAGAAGGCCCUAAGCGAGGUAGCAAUGGAGGUCGAUGCCAAGGCUUAACACGAUCAAUUUUUUUUUUUUAUCAAUCAAAUGUACACGCCCCAUGACUUCAUUGUGCACUCUUCCUCCAGCUGAGCCGUUAUAUGAAGUAAAUCGUUAAUAAAAUCCAAUGAUAAAUGCAGAGUGACGUGCGAUGCUUUCUCGUAGAAUCCGUCACAAAGAUAUUGAGGAACAACUCCCUGUGGCAACAGACACUGUCUCACUGCCGUUAUAGAAAUUAUGUUGAUGAAAAAAAUUUUUUUUUUUUCAAAUUCCAAUUCUUUUCUUUUUUCUAUUUGGAAUACGUGGGUGCGCACGUAUCACACCCAUUAAUAUGGACAUUCGUUAUUCGUGACUUUUGGUAUGGUAUGAAUUUUUUUUACUGCAUCUCAGUAUCUCUUGUUGAUUUCACCAUUGAAAAAUAAUCACUGUUAAUUAUAAUAUAUAAUUAAUGAAUUUGAUAAUCAAGUGAGUUAAAAAUGAGUAAUAAAGAAGUGUCUUGAGUAUACCAGUACAGAUUUCCUCGAGUAAUUUGUUGGAAAAAUUGAUAAUUUCAUAAUUUCUUCUGCCUUUUCAUUAUUUUUUUUUUCUUUGGUCUCAAUAAAAUUGAAUAAUUGUGUUGACAACGUGUAAUCAAAUCGUCUAGAAUCUUUUUAAAGAUGUAAAAAUUAACGG